GGACGAGCGGUUCAGAAAUGUGUGUGUGGAUCAUGCCGUUUCCCCCAGUGUUUUUAUUCAGGAUUUGCUCCGGUCUCCUAUUCGCGCGUUACAACAGCAAGGACCCCGCACGUGCAGCAUGACGGCGCCCGGCGAAAGUCUCAACUGUGAGGACUUUUCAAUGUUUCAGGAGGUGCUAAAGGUGAUGCGCACCAUUGACGACAGGAUUGUCCACGCUCUUAACACAACUGUCCCCACUGCCUCCUUCAAAGGCAAGGUGGAUGCCACAGAGACCUGCAAGGAGCUCUAUGAGUCUCUAAUAGGGGCCCACAUGAGCAGGGAUAAGGCGAUCAAGACUUGCAUAGCCCAGACAUCAGCGGUAGUGAGCCAGCUGCGCGAGGAGAGAGCGAAGGACAGCGACAACUUGACACUCAUCAAGCAACUCAGGAAGGAACAAACAAAGUUAAAACUAAUGCAGUCAGAACUGAAUGUUGAAGAAGUGGUUAAUGAUCGAAGUCUAAAGGUGUUCAGAGAGAGGUGCCGAAUUCACUACAGUCCCCCAAAGGUUCAAUGAGGGCUCCGUGGGGUUCCAUGAGAUGUGCUGCAAGUCUGCAUGGCACCUGCUCGUGAACUGGAAAUGAGCCAUGACCUCGGACCAUCACCAGCUGGAAGCCCCAUCCGCUGCACCGUCUCGCCUGCAGAGCCACAGUACCUCUGAUGUGCAGGAAGGGCUGGAGUCUCCCCUGUUUAAUGCCCUGUCUGUCUUUCAUCUCUUUUCGUAUGAAGAGAAAAACAUUGUACGAAAAACAAGAUUUUUUUAAAAAAAAAAUGAAGUGUUUUCCAGUGGUACAACUUAUUGGUAUGGUUAUGGAGCUUGUGACCGGAUGUUGUAACUUCAGAGGGUUCCAACAUGCACCCCCCACUUGUACUUACAAGACUCACCUCUGCUUCAACUCUGGUCAGAGAGCCCCAACUUGCCAUAGAGGACUACUUUGCCAUUUUAGUAUUUGUUACUCAAAGACAAGGACCUAGGCUCUUGGAAAUUGAGAGAUACUACUAUUGGAGUGUAUUAAAAUUUGAACCAAGUAAAUGAUUCACUACUGUGAGA